UAUUCGGCUCCUUUCAGUCCUUUCCUUUCAACUCAUCCAUGAACCUCCCCUGUAGGGGGUGUAUUUGCCCUACAAAUGCCCAAAUAGCCAGUGUAUGGGCCCCACACCCUGAGAGUGCACCCUGGGGAGACAGUGGCUCUCAUGGUACAGAGACAAAGUUGUGUGAAGUCUCAGAGACGCCCCUGUCUCGUGUUUCUGCAAUCUGAUCAGCAGCGCCCCCCCCGGGCUCAGUCGCACCCUACAGCCUGCCUGCCGGCUCCGUCCCACGCAGCUCCUGGGGCACAAGCGAGCGGCGCAGGGAGUCGGGCAGCACUAAGGGAGUUGCUCAUUUGAUGGGAUUCCUGUGAGGACAGCCUGGGACUCGCUGGAUCCAGAGCAAGAUGGCCGACGCAGCAGAGAGCAGGGACUCGGAGAAUAACUGGGUGAUCACUAAUAAUGAGGGCUUCCCAGUGGAGACUGUAGGAGCCGCCCAAACAGUGACCCCGCAAGCCCAACAGGAGGAGGGGCUUAGGUCCGCAGCCUCCGAUGCUUGCAGAGACCAGGGAGUUGCAGAACCAGAUGGGUCGGCAGGUUCCAAAGGCAGCGAGGAGACUCCCCUACCUCAGCCUGCUGAUACCCCCACCAAAGAGGAGCAGUUGGUCAUCCCCCCCGAGGUGCCCGAAAUACCUGCCCCCGACCCGGAACCGCUGCCCUGCAAGCCCAGCUUAGAACUGCCUCGGAGAGUGGAGAGUUUCCUUGCCAGGCUAAGCCAUUACAUCCCGGGCACCAUGGGCGGAUUGAGGAGCUGGGGGCGGCACUCCGAGAGUGCACCAGACGAGGAACUGGAGGAGGUGAGCUGCUCUAGCAGCGAGGAAGACGUGGAGGGGCUCCGGAAACGUGCAGUGCGGGGGGGGCCCGCGCCCGUCACCCUUGGGCCCACUGGUGCCAGAGAGACAGCAGAGCAAGAGACAGACCUGGCAUUCAGCUUGACUCUCAACAAGUGCAUCAUUGCUGCCGUGGCGCUGAUUGGCCUCGGCUUCCUGCUCUUCUCAGGUGGGGGACUCAUCAGUGAGGAAGAGCCCUAUGAGAACAUUCAGCUGCGCAGUGUGAGCGGGGGGGACACACAGGCCCAGGCCAUUGUAGCCAUACAGGAGUGGAUGAACCAACACGCAGCAGAUUUCACCGGGGAUCCCGGGAACUUACAGGUGAUGAACAGCCUUCUGGACAAAGUGGCCAAGGAAAACCAGGAAAUCCGGCUUCUGCAGGCCGCACUGCAGGCCCAGAAAGAAGAACUGGAAGCAAUGUUAAAUGUCAGCGAAGGCGAAAGGGCAACCGCCGCUCCUCUACAUCACGACUUGAAGCAAGAGAACGUGAGGCUGAAGGAGGCCCUGCUGAAGGAAGAGACAGGCCACCUCUCUGCCCAAGAGGAACUGCAGGCCCUGAGAGAGAAGAUGGAGGCCAUGGAAGGGAGUACGGUGGGGAAGGAGGCUCUAACGACAGAGAACUCAAAGCUGAAAGAAGAGCUGGCCUCCUCCCAACAGCAGAUCGGAGGCUUUCUCUCUCAGAAGGAGACCCUGGUGGCAGAGUCACAGAUGCUCCGCCAAGAACUAGACAAGCAGAGACUCUUGGUGGCCUCCAUCAGACAAGACCUGGAGAACCUGAACACCCAGAUGGCAAGUUCUCAACCCGAGGAUGAGCAGCAACUGCACGGAAAGAUCUCCGACAUGAGCAGCCGCCUGGCCCUGGAGCUCCAACGGUCGGAGACUUGGGAGAAGAAGUACGACGAGCAUUCCCAGAGGAGGAAGCAACAAGUCAAAGAUGAGAGGAGAGAGCAGGGCCAUAAAGAGUGGAAGAAGGGGGAAAAAUUACGGAGGCCUGAGGCGUCCAAUGGGGAGUUCAGCAAACCCACACAUGACUCUAAGCACUGGAAAGAUCAGGGCAGGGAGUCUCAGCAUGAAGAGUGGAAGAGGAAGAAGAUUGAAGAGCAAGAGCAUAGGAGGGAGGAGAAGAAAUACCGGCCAUGGGAGAGAGAGCAGCGGGGCAAACAGAGAGACCCCCAACAGCACCCCCACGACACCUCCGAGAGGGAAUGGAAGGAAAAGCAUCACCGGCAUCAGGAAGAGACAGGGGGCAGUUUCCACCCUCGCAAAGGCCAGAAAGACUACAAGAGCCUCAAGGAGGAGGAGAACAGCCAACGACGAGAGCAAGAAGAGCGGUCACAUGGGAAGGACUCUCACCACCGGCACCACGACCACAACAAAUUCUGGAAGAAGAUGUCGGAUCACCAGUACCGGAUCCCCGAAGGCUGCUCGGGGGUGGAAGAGUGUGCCAGGAAGGACGGCAUCGAUCUCUUCAACGUAGAACUGAAACCAGUGCAGAGGCAGCAGCUGGAAGAGGUGCUCCAGAGCUACCUGGCCAAGGUGGGUCUCUCCAAGGCCCUCCCAGAGCUCCUCCCACUUCUGGACGGCUUCUUCGAUGGGCCGCUAUUCUCCCACCACAAGAUCCGCUUUCGGGACUUCGUGGACGACAUGGAAGAUUUCCUGGAGGACUUGGCGAGGAAGGAGACUGGGGACGACGAUAUCGUCGAUGACUUUGAGAGAUACGUCUACGCCAGCUUCUUCGGAGAUGCCGCUCUGAGCAAGAAGAGAUCGGCUGCCAAAGAUCCCAAGAAGAACCGCCCCGAAGCUGAAAAUAACCCCAAACCCCACCAUAAAGGGCAAGAGAGACGUGAGGGGGAACACAAGCGGAGGCCGCCCAAAUCCGCGUAUCCCGAGGGGGAAGCCCACCACAAGUACCACAAAGACCACCAGAAGCCCGGAGAACAGUUCCACUAUGAUAAAAACCAAUCAGGCAAAGCUCGUUAUGGGGGCAACAAGGAACCUUAUCCUCAUGGGAACAAAGGCCACGGGGGAUCCACUGACGAGGGGCACAAACCCCACUAUGAGAAGCAAGUUCACCCCCCCGAUUAUUCCCACAAGGACUAUAAACAUGGGGAGAAGGAGGGGUGGCACCAUGAGAAGUACCCCAAGGGUGAUAAACCGGCGUGGAGCCAGGGCAAAGACUAUGGGCACAAAGACCACUCCUACCCACACAAGCAGUACCACCAUUAUGAGAAGCACGGGGAGCGAGCCCAGCAGCACCCCCAAAGCCAUAAGCCGUGGAAAGAGCACGGCCCCCCUCCUGCCCCGUACUACAGGCAGGGGGAAUGGUCUGGCCGCAGGCAGGAGGACCCCCCCCGGGGCAAGGAUGGGCGGUACCACGACAAGCACCACGAGCACUGGAGGGAUGAGAAGCAGCACGGCAGGGAGGGAUAGGGCGCGGCUGGUUAAAGGGCAAGCUAUACCUUAGGGUGGGGGGCCCCACAGCAGCGCUUUGUGCCUCUCUCUCUGGACUUUAGGGAGGGAGCUCACACGUGGGGCACCCACUGCCCGACCCCUUGUGCCUUAGCCGCCAUUCCUUCUAUGGGAAUAAACCACUAACUAAUAGGGGGGACCUUCUGUACAGCCCUGGCACAGGGUAGGUGCCCUAAUACGGCUGGAACACUGGGUGGGGGUCAACUCCAUUGUCAGAAUGUAGGGGGGGUGCUGCCCUCCUGUGUGCCCAAUGGUGCCACUUCCUUCUCCCCCUAAACCUUUAGUCCCUCCCCCAGUGCCUUUAUAUUGGUAUUGUGCCAGCCAAUCACAAUCAGCUGUGUCUUUAUACCCAUGAUGGUGUUACCCCUGUGUAAUGUAUAAUAAUGUGCCCCCCCCGGUGGUCUGUUCCACCAUGGGAAACCCUGUAGGGCCCCGGGGCCCGCUGUCUCCGGAGCAAGAGGAAAAGCACUUCCAUUUAAUAGAUUGGGAAUGUCAGGUAGGGCCCCUGGGCACAUUGUGGGCGGGACAAGCGGGGGCCACUUAUUGGUGGGAGGCGGGACAUGUAACGUGUGCAUUUGUGUUAUAGUUAUACUGCCGGGUACCGCUUUGUGCCAACCCUGUGCCCAUCUGCCCCCUGUCUGCAGCGCCGGGGGCAUCUCUCCCUGAGUGUCGUGUUACUGAUUUCCUUUAACCCCCAGCGCUGGGAUACUGCCCCCCGGCAGGGCAAUUAAUAAAGUAGCGACGAAUUGAGUGUGGA